GAUAACCAGUGCUUGUCAACAUAAAAGAAACAUGCACCUAACAGUAAUUUGGACGAUGUCCACGCCUCCUGGUCAGACAGCGGGGGUGCUGUAAUUUGAUCGUUUUGUUAGAGUUACGGGGAAUAGUCUUCUUGCAAUACAGAGCUUCGACGGGAGGUGAUACACUUCAAGAGCAGGCUACUGGGGAGGCUGCCACAUCGCAAUGCACAGAGAGCACACAAUGCCUUCCAUGUUCAUACUUUUGAGUGUUCUGGCGGCAGGCUUUGGUGCGCCACGCAGAUGUGAACCUGGGGACGAGGCUUUAGGAAGAUGCAGAAUUCCAGAAGAAGAAAAUGCUGCCUGUACAGACAUGGCUCUGGCCUACUGUCAGGAUGUCCCCUACAGCUCCAUCAUGUUCCCCAACAUCAUUGGCCACCGUAACCGCGUGGAGGCCGAGCUGGGUGCUGAGUACCUGCUAAUGAGCGUGAUGCACGGCCUGCUCAACGGCGAGUGCUCGGAGGAGCUGCGGCUGCUGGGCUGCUCGGUGCUGGCGCCGCGGUGCCAGGCCGGCCGCAUGCUCAAGCCCUGCCGCAGCUCCUGCGAGGCCGUGCGCAAGGGCUGCUCCCACGCCUUUGAGGGCAUUGAGAUGGCCUGGCCCUACUUCCUGGACUGUGACCGCUUCUUCGUCAGCGACCAGGAGGGCUGCUACGACCCGCUGUCUCAGUUUAAAGCCAGGCAACAGAUUGCCUACGCCAACUUCACUGACGAACCUUCCACCAUCAUCCAGUUUACCUACCACACCAAUGCCCAGAUGUGGAGCACCCUGAAGCGGACUGCGGCGAAGUGUGCCCACAUUUCUCGCACUUACAGUAUUGGGCGCAGUGUUGAGGGUAAAGACCUGCUGGUCAUCGAGUUCUCCAAUAACCCAGGAGAGCACGAGCUAUUGGAGCCAGAGAUGAAGUACGUGGGAAACAUGCAUGGCAACGAGGUACUGGGACGGCAGCUUCUCAUCUACCUGACGGAGUACCUGUGCUCAGAAUACCUGCUGGGGAACGAGCGCAUCCAGACGCUCAUCAACACCACCCGUAUCCACAUCCUUCCCUCCAUGAAUCCAGACGGCUAUGAGCUGGCCGCUGCAGAGGUAGCCGAUCGCAGCGACCCUGAGUUCAACCAGGAAGGCCACAUCUUUAACGGAUGGACCAGCGGACGUAGAAACACACAGAACAUCGACCUGAACCGCAACUUUCCUGCCCUCACCAGCGUUGCAUACAGCCGGCACCGUUACAGACGCUUCAGGGUGGACCACAUCCCCAUCCCUGACUCGUACUGGUUUGGACAGGUGGCCCCAGAGACGUACGCGGUGAUGAAGUGGAUCCGCUCGGUCCCUUUUGUCCUGUCUGCCAGCCUGCACGGGGGUGAGCUGGUGGUGUCCUACCCAUUUGACUUCUCCAGACACCCCCAGGAAGACAAGAUGCACUCGCCCACGCCUGACGAGCAGGUGUUCAAGCAGUUGGCCAGGACUUAUGCUGAUGCUCACGCUGAGAUGGCCAACAACAACACAGACAGAUGUGGUGGCUCGUUUACCAAUAGAAGGGGCAUCAUUAAUGGGGCUGAGUGGUAUAGCUUUGCAGGAGGCAUGGCUGACUUUAACUACCUACACAGUAACUGUUUUGAGGUGACGGUGGAGCUGGGCUGUGACAAGUACCCUUCCGAGGAGGCGCUUUACCCCGAGUGGAAACGGAACAAAGAGUCGCUCCUCAGCUUCAUGGAAGCAGUCCACCAAGGAAUCAAGGGCGUAGUGAGGGACCAGCAUGGCAAUGGAAUCAAAGGCGCAACCAUAUCAGUGAGGGGAAUACGCCAUGACAUCACAACAGCUGAGGAUGGGGAUUACUGGCGUAUGCUCACCCCUGGCAUGCACAUCCUGACCGUCACGGCGUCUGGCUACUCUAAGGCGGUCAAGCGCAUCAACCUGCCCCGGAGCAUGAGCCGUGCGGGCCGCGUGGACUUUGUCCUGAAGAAGGUCCCGUACGAGCCGGACGUGGAUGACCUCUACAUCCCUGGCAUGGAGACCUACGAGCGCUUCGACCCCUACAACCAGUUUCAGAGCUACACGCAGAGGGAGCUGGGCGAGAACGGCGAGGAGAGGCAGGAGAAGCCCUGGUGGUGGGCGUACUUCACCCAGUCUGGGAACUCCGCACCUACGUGGUUGCUCAGGAAUUAAAGGACUCCUUUAGAGGUAGCACCCAACCCAACCCAGCACAACCCAGCACAACCCAGCCCAGGCCAGCACAGCACAGCACAGCACAGCACAGCACAGCACAGCACAGCACAGCACCGCACAGAACCGCACAGCACCGCACAGCACAGCACAGCACAGCACAGCUUUCUAACAAAAGCUGCAUUUGCCCCUGUUCAUACUUAAAAUACAAGCAUGUGCCCCUGUUUCAUUGAUCCAGUUUGAUCAGGUUUACAUAUGGCCAUGUGCCCACCAAACACUUGGGAGUAAAUAUUAUGUUUAAGGACAAAAUGAUAUAAGAACAUAUCCCUCUUUUUUUUGUUUGUUUUUGUUGUCUUUCAUCUCCUAUUUUCACUGCUGUCAUUGACUCACAGAUUAUAGCAUAAUUGUUUUUGAGCAGUUGUCAAUUUUUAUUAAAACUUUUUUUAAACUGGCA